AUCCAAUUCCAAAUCUUCUCAUUUCUUCCUCCUUCUCAAGUAAAACUGAGGAAGUUAAUCGCAUCACCUUCUCAAAUGCUAUCACUCUUACUCCAUGGAAGAAGGUCACGCGAGUUACAUCAAUGGAGGAACUUGAUAUAUUCUCCAUUAUCGAAUCUCCUCCUCCUCCCGCAAAACCCCUUCACUUCCGCCACCGCAUCAGAUCCAACCCCCGAAGAAGACGACAACGAACGAAAGAGGAAGACUUUCACAACCCUUUACCUGAUCAACUCCUUGGGUCUAACCCCAAAACUCGCCGAAUCGAUCUCAUCAAAAGCCAACUUCGACGAGAAACGAAACCCAGACUCGGUCCUGAAACUCCUGAGAAGCUACGGGUUCACAGACCCCCAAAUCUCCACCAUCAUCUCCGCCUACCCGCGGUUCCUCGUAGAGAACCCGGAGAAAACCCUCCGCGCGAAACUCCAUCUCCUCAAGCUCAACGGAGCUUCGAGCUCGGAGAUCACGGAGGUCGUCUCGAAGGUCCCCAAGAUCUUGGGGAGAAGAGGGCACGUGUCCAACAUCACCGGUUACUUCGAUUACGUGAAAGAUAUCUUGCGGGAUGAUCAUGACAGUGUGAAGCAGACGAACAGAACACGGAACGUCUCUGUUCUGAGAGAGCUUGGCGUGCCGCACAAGCUGUUGCUUAAUCUGCUGAUCUCCAAAGCUAAACCGGUCUGUGGGAAAGAGAGAUUCGAGGAGUCGGUGAAGAAGAUCGUCGAGAUGGGGUUUGAUCCGACGUCUAAGAAGUUCGUCAACGCUCUCUACGUUUUCUACGAGCUGAGCGAGAAGACGAUAGAGCAGAAAGUGGGCGUUUAUAAAAAGCUAGGGUUUACCGCUGAUGAGGUCUGGGCGACGUUCAAGAAAUGGCCGUACUUGUUGAAAUACUCCGAGAGGAAGAUAACGCAGACGUUCGAGACUCUGAGAGGGUGUGGUCUAACGGAAGAGGAGGUGCGUGUGAUAGUUAAGAAGUACCCCGAGUGUGUAGGCACUUCGGAGGAGAAGAUAGUGGGUUCGGUUGAGACUUUUGUGAAGCUAGGGUUCAGUGGAGAGGAGGCGUUGAUGAUCAUCAAGAGGCAUCCUCAGUGUAUUGGAUUGGCUUCGGAUACGGUGAAGAGCAAGGCUGAGUUUCUUGUGAAGGAGAUGGGUUGGGCUUUGAAGGAUGUGGCUUCGACACCUAUUGUGCUUGGAUGCAGCUUGGAGAAGUUCAUUUUGCCGAGGUGUAAUGUGAUUAGAGCUCUUAUCUCUAAAGGGCUGAUCGGUGAAAUGCCUGCGAUCUCGUCUGCGUUGACGAGUCCUAAGCAGAGGUUUUUGAAGUACUUUGUGGAGAAGCACGAGGAGGUGUCGCCUGAGUUGAUCUCUAUCUUCACUGGAGAUCGCGUUUACGUAGCUUAAACAAAACAUCAUGAAGAACAACAACACAACGUCAAGGAUUGUUUUUUUUGAUUUCGCAUCAUUGAAGUGUAUUCUGUGACCUUUUUGAUUGUAAAGAGAACUUCGGCUAUAAUAAAAGGAGAUUGAUUUGAAA